CCCUUUUUUUUCUUUGCUUUCAUAGUUUGAUCUCCUUCCAAUUAAUGAAUCUCUCUCAUUAUAUUGCUUCCAGGAAGCAGCAGCAGCAGCAGCCUCUGUAAAGCUCCGGCGACGACGGCACAACCUCAGCCUCUAUAAAGCUCCCAACUCCCUUCCUUCUCCUCUCGAUCAGCCACAUGGAGGAAAUACUUAGUGCCCAUCGCAAGUGCCUCGUCCGGUCGAUCGCCAAGAAGAAGCCCGUCAAGGUCGUCUACAUCUCCAACCCCAUGCGGGUCACCGCCAGCGCCGCUACCUUCCGCGCCCUCGUGCAGAAGCUCACCGGCCGGGACUCCGACGUCGACGCCAUCGCUUCCUCCUCCUCCGCCGCCUCUGUCGCCGAACCGCCGCCGGCUUUGUCUGGGUCGACGACGACGACGUCGAAGUCAGUGGAUCCCUGCAACAGUUUGGUGGCUCCGAGCGAAGUAUUCGGCGGGGGCUUCGACGCACAGCUGUUGGAGAACUUCUGGGAAUUCUUGUCGGCGCCGCCGUACUAUGAACCUCCAAUGGCCGGCUGCAUCCGGCACUGAAUCAAGUGCGAGCUUGAGACUAUAUAAACGACAGAUCAUCUAAAAACGAGAUCUCCCGAGGUAACGCUGUGGUUGUUCUCCUCGCGUGUAUAAGAAGCCGUUUACUUAUAGUUUGCUGGAUUUUUGUUUUCCUUCCUUAGUAUUCAUAAUUGAUUUUCUGAAAGAAAAAAAAAAAACGAUGCACAUUUACAAUCUUAGUAACUGAGGCUUGUAUCUUAAUUUUGAGGCACAAAGUAUCUAUGUGAUAUGAUAUGUAUUGUAAUUUGCAAUGUAAAAGACAAUAACUCCUCCUCCUUUUAA